AUGCUCGAACCGCGUGAAUCUGAUAUACCUCUCCUGUUUCUGGUCCUGGUUGUACUUCCUUUGGUGGCUUACUUCUUACUUGGGAAAUGGAGUGAGACUUCUAAGAAGAGAGAUAGGAUAACUUUGCUUGCCCAAUUGGCUGUUGAAGAAACUGUGGGAGCAGAAGAAAUGGCUGUCCCUGAUGUAAUAAUUGCUCCAGUGUCUUCAUCAAAGAGUGAACUUCAUGUGUGUGCUUGUUGCUCUGCUCCAGCAAGAACUCGCUGUGCCAGAUGCAAAUCUGUUAGAUAUUGCUCUGGGAAUUGUCAAAUAAUCCAUUGGAGGGUAAUUCACAAGCAAGAAUGCCAGCAAUUGGAAACUCAUAAAUCAAGCUCGUUUCCUCUGGAUGUUUCAGUUGAGGAAUUCGAUCAUGGGAGUGGCUUUUAUGAAAAUUUGAACAACCAGUUCUUUGGUCAUAAUUUGAAGCAGACUUCAAGGGAGAGUGCUUCUUUGGAAAAUUUGGUUCACCCUCUGACAGGCAUGGGUGCUUCUCCUAAAGCCGAUUUUUCCCUAUUUAAUAAUUCUCAACCCUCCACCUUUGAGAGAAGAGCAUCCCAUAAAUCCAACAGAGAAGCACAGAGAGACAAUGGGUCUAUAUACGAAUCUUCUAUUGCAUCUUCUGAUUAUAAGGCUACUAGUUCUCCCUCUUCGAGUGUGGUAACAAAGGAGGCGUUUAUGAGACAGAAGUCAAGAAACAACGAUGAUUCUGUGUUGGAGGAAGAAACUUCGAAGGUCAAUUCUGGUGGCUUUGGAGUUUAUAUUUACGAACAAGACGUGUCAAGAAGGACAAUCCAUGAGGACGAUAACUAUCAAAUUCAAUAUGGAAAUGCAUUUGUACCAAAAAACAAAUAUGGACUCUCAAAUGUGUCAAGUGCUGCAAGCAAUGAUGAAAACAUAGAUGAAUUUGAAACAGAUUUUGCUACCAAAGGGGAAAAUGUAGUCACCGGGGGAGAUCAUCAUUCUGAUGAAGCAGCACAAUACAAAUGCUCUUCUGAAAUGACAAUUAAAGGAAGUGUGAAGGCUAAAAAGAUAUCCCAACUUUCCAAGACCAAAUUUUCUAAAUCACCAAAGUCAACAUUAAAGACAUCAACAGAAUUUUGUUGCACAGAAAUAGAGAAGAAAGGGAAAAUUGCAGAUGAACCAAAAGUCACUGUAAUCAGAGACACCGCCCCUUUACAUGGUAACAAUGGGGCUGCUAGCACUGGAAUUAUGGAAAUGAUGGGAUUGAGGAAACCAACCAAAUUUACUGCACAGACCUCCUCAGAAGGUCGUGGAGUAAGGUGCAAGAAGAUGAAGAAGAUAAAGAUGUUGUUUCCUUAUGACGAAUUUAUAAAGAUUUUUCAGAGUGAAGUCUUUGGCAUAUGCCCCAGGGGUCUUUUAAAUUGCGGGAACAGUUGCUAUGCCAAUGCUGUCUUGCAGUGCUUAACUUCUACAAAGCCUCUUGUUGUCUAUUUGCUUUAUAGAUCACAUUCAAAAGCCUGUUAUGCUAAAGAUUGGUGUCUCAUGUGUGAAUUAGAGCAACACAUAAUGAUUUUGAGAGAAAAUGGGGCUCCUUUAUCUCCUAGUAGAAUACUUUGGCAUAUGCGAAGCAUUAAUUGCCACAUGGGUGAUGGAAGUCAGGAAGAUGCCCAUGAAUUUUUAAGGCUUCUAAUUGCAUCAAUGCAAUCUAUAUGCUUGGAGGGACUUGGCGGUGAGAAAAAGGUUGAUCCUAGACUACAAGAAACAACUUUCAUACAACAUACUUUUGGUGGUCGUCUUCAAUCCAAGGUUAAGUGUUUGAAUUGUAAUCAUGAGUCAGAAAGGUAUGAGAACAUUAUGGACCUAACGUUGGAGAUAUUGGGUUGGGUAGAAUCACUGGAAGAUGCACUAACUCAGUUUACUUCACCUGAAGAUUUGGAUGGAGAAAAUAUGUACAGAUGUGGAAGGUGUACUACAUAUGUUCGAGCCAGAAAGCAACUGAGCAUACAUGAGGCCCCAAACAUCUUGACUAUUGUUUUAAAGAGAUUUCAGGUUCCUGAUAACUUUUCAAAUUUCUUCAUUUUCCAUGUGUUGACCCUUUGGAAUAUCUUGUUUCUGGUUCUGCAUCAUCAGGAAGGAAGAUAUGGGAAAAUUAACAAGUGCAUAACUUUUCCUGAAAUGCUGGAUAUGAUUCCUUUUAUGACUGGGACGUGUGAUAUUCCUCCACUUUACAUGCUUUAUGCUGUUGUUGUGCACCUGGACACACUGAAUGCAUCUUUUUCUGGACAUUAUGUUUCAUAUGUGAAAGAUCUGCAAGGCAAUUGGUUCAGGAUAGAUGAUACUGAGGUAAUGCUGUCACCUUGUUUACAAGUUCAGCCAGUGCAAAUCAAUCAGGUGAUGUCUGAAGGAGCUUAUAUCUUAUUCUACAUGAGGUCUUGUCCUCGUCCUCCAGUAGAACUUACCGGGAAAGCUUUGCAGCAAUCACUUUCUGAUUCUUCAAAGCACUAUCCAAUAGAAGUGCAGAAGCCUUCUAAAUCAGGACUCUGCAGACCUGGCAGUCAGUAUUUUGGGCCAGAGCCUUCAUCAAAUGCCAGGCUAGAAGUUGCUACCAAUGGCUUCCUUAGAAGAAGCACCAAUAGAAAUGUGCUGCCAGUAACACAAACUUAUGCUGAAAACCUCAGGCAUGAGUUUUCAGAUGCCACAUCAAGUGAUUGGUCCCUUUUCACUAGCUCAGAUGAGGCUUCUUUCACAACCGAGAGUACUAGGGACUCCUUCAGUAAUGUAGACUAUGGUGAUUCAUGCAACAUGGACCCAAUUUCAUCUAUCUUCAAUUACACCCCAGAAAAUGCCUACAGGAAGUUUUCACAUAGUAGGUCACUUACCAGGUUCUUCCCUCAAAAGGGUCAUAUUGAAAGGGUACAAAGAAUUGAUCAGUCUAGAAAUGUCAGCCAUUCUUCAAUUGAACAUCCACCAAGUGGGAAUUGUGGCAUGUAUGUAUAUAAUGCGAGUAAUCCUGUGUGUGGCAUUACCCGGACUUCUAGUUAGUGUGAACUUUAGUCCUUUGGGAAUCCUAACUGGUUGAACUGAUGAUUAGAUGGGAGUAGGUGCUAUGCCUCAAAGUUUUCAGUAUUUAGUUUAUUGAGGUAUAUAGCUUUUUUAAUCACAGAUGGAUUUUUAUUUUUACUUUUAUUGAUAAUUGUAAAGAUGACAGCAAU